AUCGCUGAAUCCUGGAGGGGGGGAGAAAAAAAAAGACAGGGGGCGGCUUGAGGCUCUUCUCUCACCGGGGGCCGUCUACUCUUCACAGACCUCCCUUCCCCCUCCCAAGUCUUCCGCACUGACUGCUGAAGGGAAACCGGCAGAGGAAUAAACAUGGCCCAGAUACUUCCCAUCCGCUUCCAGGAGCACCUGCAGCUCCAAAACCAAGGUGUGAAUCCUGCCAAUAUUGGAUUCAGUACUCUUACCAUGGAAUCCGACAAGUUCAUCUGCAUCAGGGAGAAAGUGGGAGAACAGGCACAAGUAGUGGUGAUUGAUCUGAAUGAUCCAGCAAAUCCGAUUCGGCGUCCAAUAUCUGCUGACAGUGUCAUCAUGAACCCAGCAAGCAAAGUGAUUGCACUGAAAGAUGCUGGCAAAACCCUACAAAUAUUUAACAUUGAAAUGAAGAGCAAAGUGAAAGCUCAUAAUAUGGUUGAAGAAGUCACAUUCUGGAAAUGGAUUUCUUUAAACACUGUUGCCCUAGUAACUGAGACUGCAGUAUUCCAUUGGAGCAUGGAAGGUGACUCUCAGCCACAGAAGAUGUUUGAUAGGCAUGCCAGCUUGGCUGGCUGUCAAAUCAUUAACUACAGGACAGACCUUCAGCAGAAGUGGUUGCUUCUAAUUGGAAUUUCUGCGCAGCAAAACAGGGUGGUUGGUGCGAUGCAGCUGUACUCUGUGGACAGGAAGGUGUCCCAACCGAUUGAGGGACAUGCUGCAGCUUUUGCUGACUUCAAAUUGGAAGAGAAUCCCACACAGUCAACGCUCUUUUGCUUUGCAGUUCGUAGUCAAGCAGGAGGAAAGUUACAUAUAAUAGAAGUAGGUCAGCCAGCUGCUGGAAACCAGCCUUUUACAAAGAGAGCAGUGGAUGUGUUUUUCCCUCCGGAGGCCCAAACUGACUUUCCAGUAGCAAUGCAAAUUGGAACAAAAUAUGGGGUUAUAUAUCUCAUUACCAAAUAUGGCUACAUCCACUUGUAUGACUUGGAAUCUGGUGCUUGUAUCUACAUGAACCGUAUUAGUGCUGAGACCAUUUUUGUGACUGCUCCCCAUGAACCUACAUCUGGCAUCAUUGGAGUCAAUAAAAAAGGCCAAGUAUUAUCUGUUUGUGUGGAAGAAGAGAAUAUUGUAAACUAUGCAACUAAUGUGCUCCAAAACCCAGACCUUGCUCUCCGAAUGGCUGUGAGAAGCAACCUUGCUGGUGCUGAGGAGCUCUUUGCACGAAAGUUUAACACUUUAUUCGCACAAGGAAAUUAUGCUGAAGCUGCUAAAGUUGCUGCAUCAGCACCAAAGGGUAUUCUACGGACUCCAGACACAAUUAGAAAAUUCCAGACAGUCCCGGCCCAGCCAGGGCAAGCUUCACCUCUUCUGCAGUAUUUUGGGAUACUCCUUGAUCAGGGACAAUUGAACAAGUAUGAAUCACUGGAACUCUGCCGUCCUGUCUUGCAACAAGGCCGCAAGCAACUGCUGGAAAAAUGGCUGAAGGAAGAUAAGUUGGAGUGUUCUGAGGAACUGGGAGACUUGGUGAAGACAGCUGAUCCCACACUAGCUUUAAGUGUCUAUCUCCGUGCCAAUGUGCCAAAUAAAGUUAUACAGUGUUUUGCAGAAACUGGACAAUUCCAGAAAAUUGUUCUGUAUGCGAAAAAGGUUGGUUACACUCCAGACUGGGUCUUCCUGCUGAGAAAUGUUAUGCGAGUGAGCCCUGACCAAGGACUUCAGUUUGCACAGAUGCUUGUCCAGGAUGAAGAACCCCUAGCUAAUAUUAAUCAGAUUGUGGAUGUAUUUAUGGAAAAUAACCUGAUCCAGCAGUGUACAUCUUUCCUAUUAGAUGCGUUGAAGAAUAACAGGCCUUCUGAGGGUCACUUACAAACACGCCUUCUUGAAAUGAAUCUGAUCCAUGCACCGCAGGUGGCUGAUGCAAUCCUAGGAAACCAGAUGUUCACUCACUAUGAUCGUGCCCAUAUUGCCCAGCUAUGUGAAAAAGCUGGCUUGUUGCAAAGGGCUUUGGAGCACUAUACAGAUUUGUAUGAUAUCAAACGUGCUGUUGUACACACUCACCUUUUGAACCCUGAGUGGCUGGUGAACUUCUUUGGUGCACUCUCUGUAGAAGAUUCCCUUGAGUGCUUGCGUGCCAUGUUGUCAGCUAACAUCCGCCAGAAUCUGCAGCUUUGUGUGCAAGUAGCAUCCAAGUACCAUGAGCAGCUUGGCACUCAGUCAUUGGUGGAACUUUUUGAAUCCUUUAAGAGUUAUGAGGGGUUAUUUUAUUUCCUUGGAUCCAUUGUGAAUUUCAGUCAGGAGCCUGAUGUUCACUUCAAGUAUAUUCAGGCAGCAUGUAAAACUGGACAAAUUAAAGAAGUUGAGCGUAUAUGCCGUGAGAGCAACUGCUAUGAUUCAGAACGUGUGAAGAAUUUCCUGAAGGAAGCCAAACUGACAGACCAACUUCCCUUAAUCAUUGUGUGUGACCGAUUUGACUUUGUCCAUGACCUUGUUCUGUACCUGUAUCGCAACAACCUGCAGAAAUACAUUGAAAUCUAUGUCCAGAAGGUGAAUCCCAGCAGGCUUCCAGUAGUGGUAGGUGGACUACUGGAUGUGGAUUGCUCUGAAGAAGUUAUCAAAAAUCUUAUCACUGUAGUCCGUGGACAGUUCUCAACUGACGAGCUUGUGAGCGAAGUAGAGAAAAGAAACCGAUUGAAAUUGCUGCUUCCCUGGCUGGAGGCUAGAAUUCAUGAAGGCUGUGAAGAGCCUGCUACUCACAAUGCUUUAGCUAAAAUUUAUAUCGAUAGCAAUAACAAUCCUGAGCGUUUUCUGCGUGAGAACCCCUUCUAUGAUAGCUCAGUGGUUGGCAAGUACUGUGAAAAGAGGGAUCCGCAUUUGGCUUGUGUGGCUUAUGAGCGAGGCCAGUGUGAUUUGGAUCUCAUCAAGGUUUGCAAUGAGAACUCUCUAUUCAAGAGUGAGGCUCGUUAUCUUGUACGUAGAAAAGAUCCACAGCUUUGGGCCAAUGUUCUUGAAGAAAAUAAUCCUUUUAGACGCCAGCUGAUUGACCAGGUUGUCCAAACAGCCCUGUCUGAAACCCAGGAUCCAGAAGAAGUAUCUGUCACUGUGAAAGCCUUUAUGACUGCUGACCUCCCCAAUGAGCUGAUUGAAUUGCUUGAGAAGAUAGUCUUGGAUAACAAUGUCUUUAGUGAACAUAGGAAUCUACAGAACCUCUUGAUUCUUACUGCUAUUAAAGCAGAUCGCACCCGUGUUAUGGAGUACAUUAAUCGUCUCGACAACUACGAUGCUCCUGAUAUUGCGAACAUUGCCAUCAGUAAUGAGCUUUUUGAAGAAGCAUUUGCAAUCUUUCGAAAGUUUGACGUGAACACUUCUGCUGUGCAGGUUCUGAUUGACCACAUUGGCAAUCUCGAUCGUGCUUAUGAAUUUGCAGAACGUUGUAAUGAGCCAGCAGUAUGGAGUCAGCUGGCAAGAGCACAAUUACAGAAGGAUUUGGUUAAAGAAGCCAUCGAUUCCUACAUCAAGGCUGAUGAUCCUUCUGCCUAUAUGGAGGUUGUGAAAGCAGCCAACAAAAACAAUAACUGGGAAGACCUGGUGAAAUUUCUGCAAAUGGCUAGGAAGAAAGCCAAAGAGUCAUAUGUGGAGACUGAGUUGAUAUUUGCUCUGGCAAAGACCAACCGUUUGUCUGAACUGGAGGAAUUUGUUAAUGGACCCAACAAUGCCCACAUUCAACAAGUUGGUGAUCGCUGUUAUGAUGAUGGCAUGUAUGAUGCAGCAAAAUUACUUUACAACAAUGUGUCCAACUUCGCUCGCUUGGCUUCCACUCUGGUACAUCUAGGCGAGUACCAAGCUGCUGUGGACAGUGCUCGCAAAGCUAACAGCACCAGAACUUGGAAAGAGGUUUGUUUUGCCUGUGUUGAUGGCCAAGAAUUCCGUCUAGCCCAGAUAUGUGGCCUACACAUUGUCAUCCAUGCAGAUGAACUUGAGGAGUUGAUCAGUUACUACCAGGAUCGAGGGUAUUUUGAGGAACUGAUCUCUCUCUUGGAAGCAGCAUUGGGCUUGGAACGGGCUCACAUGGGAAUGUUCACAGAGCUGGCAAUACUAUACUCCAAAUUCAAACCACAAAAGAUGAGAGAACACUUAGAACUUUUCUGGUCCAGGGUCAAUAUUCCGAAGGUCCUUCGUGCAGCAGAGCAGGCGCACCUUUGGGCUGAGCUGGUCUUCCUUUAUGAUAAAUAUGAAGAGUAUGACAAUGCAGUCAUAACUAUGAUGAGUCACCCAACAGAUGCUUGGAAGGAAGGGCAGUAUAAAGAUAUAAUCGCAAAGGUUGCUAAUGUAGAGUUGUAUUACAAGGCCCUGCAGUUCUACUUGGAUUACAAACCACUGUUGAUCAAUGAUCUGUUAAUGGUGCUAUCACCACGUUUAGACCAUACCAGGGCAGUCACUUUCUUCAGUAAGGUGAACCAAUUGCCUCUAAUAAAACCAUAUUUACGCUCUGUUCAAAAUCACAAUAAUAAAGCUGUGAAUGAAGCUCUGAACAACCUGCUUACUGAAGAGGAGGAUUAUCAGGGUUUGCGUACAUCUAUUGACGCAUAUGAUAACUUUGACAACAUUAUCCUUGCUCAGCGCCUGGAAAAGCAUGAGCUAAUUGAGUUUAGGCGUAUUGCUGCUUAUCUCUACAAAGGUAACAAUCGCUGGAAACAAAGUGUGGAACUCUGCAAAAAAGACUGUUUGUACAAGGAUGCAAUGCAAUAUACAGCUGAAUCCAAGGACACUGAGCUUUCUGAGAAACUUCUGCAAUGGUUCCUGGAAGAGGGCAAGCAAGAGUGUUUUGCGUCCUGCUUAUUCACAUGCUAUGAUUUGUUACGGCCAGAUGUGGUUCUUGAGCUGUCAUGGAGACACAACAUCAUGGACUUUGCAAUGCCAUAUUUUAUUCAAGUUAUGAGGGAAUAUCUCAGCAAAGUUGAUGAACUAAUGGAAAAGCCAACUGAUCAACUGGUUAAAUCCAAAGCAAUAUCGGUUGAUAAACUUGAUGCUUCAGAUAGCUUGAGAAAAGAUGAAGACCAAGUGGCUGAACCAGCUCCUCUAGUAUUUGGUCAGCAGUUAAUGUUGACAGCAGGUUCCACUGCAGUCCCUCCUCAGCCUGGCUAUGCUUAUGGUUAUCCAGCUGGCUAUGCUCAGCCUGCUUAUGGCUUCAACAUGUAGAAUCCACAUCACGUCAACUUCACCAUUGCUACCCCUGAAUCUUCAUGAAAAAUGUACGACCGUCAUAGAGCACAGGAUUACAGCCAAACACUUCCUCUGCAGCAUGAAGAUUUUAUAAAGGACUUCUGUUAUUUUAUUUAUUACACUCUUACAUUUCAACUUCAAUGUAGCUUUUUUAAAAACCGUAUUUAGGAACUACAAACUGUUGAGGCACUGACUUAAAGAUUAAGACAAGUAUUAACUAGUUUAUUGAAUCUAGUCAUGAAUAUUUCCAAUAGGUUGGUUGCCAUCUUUUGUUUUCAAGCUGGCAGCUUAGUGCAAUGUGGAUGGUUUUUUUUGCCCCCACACUCCUCUCCCCAACCUGUGUAAAGCUUGCCCUCAAUGAGAUGAGUAAUGGUACUGAUGGCAGUGUUCAGAUAAUCCCAGGGAGAUUAAACUUGGAAGUUUACUUUGCCAGUAUCUGCAUGUUUUGCCAAUAUGUAAUGCUAAAGGUGAAGUUGGAAGGUGAAUGCAGGAUUUUUUGCGUUCCUAGUUGGUGCAGAACUGAAUUCACUAGUCACUUCAUGUGAAAGCGUUCUAUCUUCUGUGGGUGGAGCACUCUGUUCUGCAUCAGUUCAGGCCUCCAUGCAAAGAAAGGGUGUGUGCCACUUGUUUAAAAUAUUGUGCCUAAUGUAAAAUUUAUGGUAAGGAGCUUUUGUUGCUAAUCAUGAAUAUUAGGUUUAAUAGAAUGUAAACCCAUGUCAGUCAGCACUUUGGUUGAAGUUUCUGAAUCUCUUGAAAUAUUUCAUACCUCUGGCAAAUUUAUUGAAAAGGCAGUUAGUUGCAGGCCAUCUUGUAAUGGAACUAAUUGGAUUCAGUCCAGAAUGUUGGUUAUAGUGGUGACAUGUAUUUAAAGGGAAAUUGUGCUGGAAAAUCUUCAACAGCAAUGGUAUUGUGAAUAUUACUUUGUACAGUUGUACUAACCUAUUGAGUUAGCUAAAAGAAAUGGAUGUGCAUUGGACUUCCCACAUAACCCCCCCCUGCUGCCCUCGCCAUGUCACCAGAGGGAUAAAUAAAGUUUACAUAUGUCUCAUGACACCA